GCAAUAUUCGGUGAGCUCUGGAUCUUCCCGGUAGGAGGAGAAUGACUGCUGUCAAGGUAUGCCUUCUGGCCUCUCUGCUGGUUGCAGCAGUAUUCCUCGUUGCUGCGAAAGACUCUCCUAAAGUGCGAAUCGACUCGGGAUUUGUAGUGGGCACGCGGGUCCAAGCUGGCGGAAAAGAAGUGGACGCCUUCCUCGGAAUACCGUAUGCCGAGCCUCCAAUCGGUGAGCUUCGUUUCCGAAGACCUCGGCCUGUAUCUCCGUGGGAAGGUCCGUACAACGCGACAUCAAAGCCAAGCCCCUGUCGGCAAGUACCAUUCGACUUGCUUGGCCCUCUGGCGCUCGACUAUUCGGGUGCGUCAGAGGACUGCCUCCACGUCAACGUGUGGCGGCCAGCCAGAGGCCAGGAGUGUGCAACUACGCGGAAAAGUGCUGCCUGCCGUAAUGUGCCGCUUCCCACAGUUGUUUUCAUCCACGGCGGUGCCUUUCAGUGGGGCGACUCAGCGCUUUUUCUGUACGACCCCGCAAACUUUGUCGCCCUCGAGGGCGACGUCGUGUUCGUGACCUUCAAUUAUAGGGUCAGCAUGUUUGGCUUCUUGGACGCCCAAGAUCCCGAGUCUGGAGGAAACUUGGGUCUGUGGGACCAAAACCUUGUGCUCAAGUGGGUAAACAACAAUAUCGCGCACUUUGGAGGAGAUCCCGCCCGGAUCACCUUGUGGGGACAAAGCGCUGGCGCCAUGUCAGUAGCGCUGCAUGCACAGUCUUCUCACAGCGUGGGCCUUUUCCAGAAGGCCAUUAUGCAGAGCGGCGCGCCCUUCUCCUUGAUUUUGAACAAGGUCUUCAACACGCGAUCCAGUUUUAAUAACAUAGUGUCAAUGUUGAAAUGCUCCAACAUCACUAACGAAAGCGCAGGUGAUCAGCUACGCGACAUAAUGUACUGCCUUCGACAAGCGGAGGCUUCGAGCGUCUUCGAAGAGAUACAGUCAACGCGCAUUCUUCAUCGAUGGUUUGUCCCUAUCGAGAACGAUACUUUCUUCCCGCACCCGUUCAUGACUGCGAGCUCUUGGGAAAAAUUUGGAGUGCGGGACGUCCUGAUUGGCACAACGGCGAACGAAGGUACCAUGUUCUACAAUUUGGUACUCAGAGCCUUCCCAGCACUGUCAGAUGCGCAACCAGACGAGCACAGAAUGCUAGGAGCCGCCGCACUGUCGAUGAUGUUUGAAAUGCCGUUAUCCAAAGCACGGCUGCUCGCUGACAUGUAUUACGGUGAAGACGAUGCCAAUCGCACGUACGAGCAAGCCAGGGACAUUACAGCUGAAAUCGUCGGGGACGUAUUUCUCGACUGCCCGACGGAACUGUUUGCCGAUGCCGCUGCGAUGGAUGGAGUUCAUGUGUACAGAUACCUGUUUGCUCACAAGGCUUCUCACAGCUUCGUGCCGGCGUGGAUGGGUGUGGCGCAUGGCGCAGACUUGCUAUACACGCUCGGAUCGCUGCCCCUUAUGAAAGACAAAAGACGCUACACAGAACCCUUGGGUAACGUAGGCAAAAGGUUCCUGCAGACUCAGGACUACACAAAGGAUGAAGAGAUGUUCAUGAAGGAGAUGGUCGAAGCUUUCGCCCACUUUAUACGGAACGGCAAACCAAAGUUUCCUUCAGCCGGGUUCGAAUGGCCAGCAUACACAGCAGAGAGUCGUCAGCUCCUCGUUCUGAAGCCGCGAAACUACUCCAUCAUGCAAGCGUCGAAGACGGAGAUCUGUGAUUUGUGGAAGAAGGCUGUCGCAACAAGCGACGGAAGCACGGAACUACCGCUCGCAGCACAACUACCAAGAGAGCCGCAGAAUUCGACGCCUCCGAAGAAAAAGUGGUCAGGAGCGAAGCCUUCUACAUCAGCAUCGUCUAUGAUAUUGCCAUGGGAACUGUUCACUGUUCUUAUUACACUUUGUCUUCUUUAG